CUCAUUAUGAUAAAACAAAGCAUGUGAUAAGUUGUAAAUUGGGAACGAUUACUCCAGAAGGCACUGCAGCUAAUUUUGGGAUCAAUGUUGCCUCACAACAAAAGACAGAAAAGAGUAUGACGGAGCUGCAAAUUGAGCAAAACCAACUGUUUAAUUGGAGUAUGGAAACAAAGGACGGUAAGAAACUUGACCCCUUAUUCGGACCCGGUUAUACCGGUAUUAAAAAUUUAGGUAAUAGUUGCUAUAUGGCAUCUGUUCUGCAAUCCAUAUUCUCUUUGGAUGUUUUUCAACAAAGGUAUUACCCUACUGCUAUGGAACACCAUACGCAAUGCACGUACGAUAAUCCAGCAAGCUGUAUUCAGUGUCAAUUAUCUAAACUUGCCGAUGGUUUAUUGAGUGGUCGCUAUUCCCAACCUACUCAGAUUGUCAAUGGUGAGAAUGAACAACCGGAGCAAGAUGGUAUAUCACCAAGCAUGUUUAAGACACUUAUUGGGAAAGGACAUGUCGAGUUUUCCACGAUGCGGCAACAAGAUGCUUUUGAAUUCUUUCAACAUCUUAUUAUGACAAUUGAACGCAAGGAGCAUAAUAACCCAGGAAAUGAUCCGACAAAAAUAUUUAAAUUCACAAUUCAAACGCGUCUACAAUGUGUAGAAUGUAAACGAGUUCGAUAUAAGGACAGCACAGAAUCAUCCAUUUCAAUAUCAGUGCCCGCGAAUAAGAUUGAAGCAAAUGAGAAUAACGAAGCUGAAUACGAGCCUGUGAAUUUCGAACAAUGCUUACAGUUGUUUGCUGCAGAUUCGGCAAUUGAAUAUAUGUGCCCAGCAUGCAAUAAAAAGACAGUUGCUAUGACACACACAAGAUUUUUAACAUUUCCUGAAGUUCUCGUAGUCCAUACACGAAGAUUUGAAGAAGAAAAUUGGGUUCCUCGUAAAAUUA